AUGAGUCUGCACUAUCUAUCCCUCGAUGGCAAUCACAGCUCGUCGAGUGAAGCAUCAUUUAGCUCACACCCGACUCUACGGUCGUUAUCACCCAUGAGGAAACAGCGCAAGCAGUACACAAUUACAAAAAAAAGAGAGGUUUGGACGCCAGAAGAGCACGCCCUUUUUGUUGAAGGACUUUCGCUCUAUCACAGAGACUGGAAGAGGAUAGAACAACACAUAAAAACUAAAACAGUCGUGCAGAUCCGGUCGCACGCGCAGAAGUAUUUCCUCAAAAUGAAAAAAUCAAAUUCAAGGAGCGAAUCGCUCUCGUCAGAGUCGGAAUCUCCUGUACUCAGUCCUAGCAAAUUAGACAAUGAGCCAAUAAAACGGCGACACUCAAUGUCAGCGUUUUCGCCAACUUCUUCGAUGUUCUCUGUCGUCGUGAGACCUUCAUCAGACUUUAAUUCCCCAACGUCGUCAAUGUCUCCUCUGUCGGAGGAGAAACAAAUGUACCCUAACAACAACUUUUAUAUGCAUCAUAUCUAUACUGAUUAA